CUCUCUUCAUACUCAAUAAACCCUAAUCUUCAAUCCAACAAUCCCGAUGCAGUUUGAUUGAUUGAUUGAUGCGUCUCACGAUUCCUAUCAGAUGGAUCAGCCUGAUGUUGUGCGAUAUCCCCUGAUUCAUCUCCAUGAUUACGAACCCAAAAUCUUCCCUCCCAAGGGUUCUGAAGGGGUGAACGAAUAUAGCAAUGGAGGGGGAAGUUGUGAUCCUAGAACAGAAGAAAUGCCAGUACUUGAAGCCAAAAAAACAAAGACAAUAGUCGGUAGCAGGGUGGGCAGUGAUACUCAUGAAGAUUCGAAUGAUGACCACGAGAAAAAAGAAAGCGAGAAUUUCUAUUAUGAUCCACCGAUUACCGAAGACACUGGGGUUUGGAUUCCUGUUUCGGUUCCACCAAUGUCAGAAAGCCAACGUGAAGAAUGGAACAGAGGAAUCCGUAUGAACACAAACUACAUACGUGAUGUUGACAUGGACUGGGAUCAGUUUGUUGCUGAAGACAAGGAGUUGACGAUGUGGGAUGUGGUUCUCGAUAUGUUACUUGCAGCUGGAGGGCGGGUGAGAUCCAUAACUUCUGGUGAUUCUUACGCGUAUCAAAUUUCAUGGUUAUCCGACCAGCUUCUCGAGCAUACUUGGAAAGAGGUGUCCCAUAAUCUCACGGAGGUUAACGCUGGCGGCAUAAGGGAACUCCUAGAGGCCGAUCCACCAAAAUGGUUGGCUGAUAGUGCCGCAGCUUACUGUAUGCUGUGUAAUGUGCGGUUUCAUCCUAUAAUGUGCUCUAGACAUCACUGCCGAUUUUGUGGAGGGAUCUUCUGCAACGAGUGUUCUAAAGGAAGGAGUUUACUGCCCAUAAAAUUCCGUCAUGAAAACCCUCAAAGAGUGUGUGAUGUAUGUUGUGUUCGGCUCGAGUCCAUUCAACCGUACCUAAUGGAGCAAGUGAGUCGUGCAGUACAAGUACCGACGCAGGACGUGACAGACCUUAGUACAUUGAGAUCAUGGCUCAACUUCCCGUGGGGACAGACCAUGGAAUACGAGAUUUAUAAGGCUGCAAACACCAUCCACGGUUACUUUAAGGUUGGUUCUUUGAGCCCCGAAAAGGCGAUACCAAAUUCUAUUUUAAAAAAAGCAAAAGGACUUGCGAUUCUUACCGUUGCAAAGGUCGGGAUGAUGGUGACCUACAACGUGGGUACGGGUCUAGUUGUUGCUCGUAGAGAAGACGGAUCUUGGUCUCCACCAUCUGCCAUUUCUUCAUUCGGUAUGGGUUGGGGAGCUCAGGUUGGAGGGGAGGUUAUGGAUUUCAUAAUCGUGUUGAGAAAUAGCGAUGCCGUGAAGACGUUUGGUGGAAACGCACAUUUAUCGGUUGGAGCAGGGGCGAGUGCCGCUGCUGGCAUCGUUGGAAGGGCUGCUGAAGCCGAUUUCCGGGCUGGUGAUGGUGGAUAUGCUGCUUGCUAUACAUAUAGUUGUAGUAAAGGUGCGUUUGUUGGUUGUUCGGUUGAAGGAAGCAUUGUGACGACACGAACGCAAGAAAAUUGCAGGUUUUAUGGUAAUCCGUCGAUAAAAACUUCAGAUAUUCUUCUUGGUUCAUUGCCUAGACCUCCUGCUGCUGCUAUUCUUUAUGAUGCACUCUCAAAAUUGUACAUGAAAGUUGGGAGGAGGUAGUAAAUAAAGCUUUGUUUGUACAGAUUCUUUUGCAUACAUAUGUGUUUGAAACCUAUUGAUUUGUGCAUAAAAAACAGAACUGCAAAAUUAUUGAUUUAUAAGAUGAUGAUGAUGAUUGUGUAUGCA